AUAAACCCCAAUUUCUUCUCCGCGGAGCUUCAGGAAAAUGGUGGAAGCUCUUGAAUAAUCUAUAUGCCAUGUCAAUGGCGACUUCUAUUAUCUGCUCUCCGAAUUUAACUCUGAAAUUCCCACUCCUUCCUCAUAGAAACACUCCACAGACUCGUUUCUUCUCUCAGCAUUCUGACCACAUAUUUAAGCUUCGUAGUUCUCUGAGUAGAACUCAGCCGAUAAAGCCCAACUCAACUUUUAAGUUUUUAAGGUUUCCUUUGAAGCCUUCUGGUUUUCCGUCACGUGGAAAUUUAGGGUUCUCUGCUGCUGCAAAAGAUGGGGAACGAGAGGCUGUGCCCGUUGUCGACGAAGCUGAAGAGGCUCGAGGACAGAGUACAAUGCCUUCGCGGUUCAGGUAUUUGACCAAGGAAGCUCCAGAUCGUCCUGUAAGGUGGCCAUGGUUGAUAGCUCUGCCUUUUCUCGUUUAUGCAUGGAGAGCAGUUUUGUGGGAACUAUCUAACUGGAAAAAGGUUGUUCUGGUUAUUGUCCAGUUUGUGAGUUACCUCUUGAAAUUUGUCAUGGCCUUUAUUUUCCAUUUUAUUGGUGAUCCAAUCACUGGGAUGAUCAGAUGUAUUGAGACUGUGCUCUAUACCAUUCGGUCCAUCUAUUCGGGUAUAGUGGCAGCCACUCCUGUUCCGGAAUUGACAGUGGUCAUCAUGCUGACUUCAGUAGUACUUGCCAUUGCAGAAGCCACAAUCCCAGACUCUAUAAACAACCAGAUGCAUUUUCUCACAAUGGCUGGCAUAAUUGGUUUUGCAGCUGUUAGGGGAAUCAUACCUGAGCUGCCCUUUUGGUUACUUCUCUUGGGGUUAUUCAGUUUCUCAAAGUUUAUUAAGAAAAGAAAUGAUGUUUCAUCUGCAUUACCUGUUGCUGCUGUGCUGGCUGCUGUUGGGGAGCCUUGGGUGAGAGUGCUGGCAAUAUUUUCAUAUCUAGGUCUUGCCAUCUAUCAUCAUUCAAAGAUCUCCAAAGGGCACAUGGAGACUGAAGAGGCAGUGAUAGUUAGGAGGCUCCCUUUGCCACUGUUGAGUGCAGCCUUGGCCAUUGGAAUUCAUCUUGCUGCAAAAUGGCUCCGGUACAGGCAUUUGACAUGGAUGAUAGCAUGACUUUUGAUGCAUUCUUUAUGUAAAAAAGGACCCACUGCCCUUUAGAUUGUAAAUAUGUCGUUGCUCUAAGAACUGGUAACUGAUACCUUGCAUUAAGGUGGCAAUGCCUUCUUUUCUUUCUUAUGUUGUUUGUUAUGAAGUGUGAUCUUUAAUCAAACUGUUUUUUAAGAUAA